AUGUGCAGGUAUCAACAUUCCGUUUCCGGAUUGCCGAACAGUAGCGGCUCCGUCUCCACGCCUAUCCCCGUGUUCUUAGAACACCCAAACAUGCAAAGAUUACACAGUCCGCCACACUAUGUCGAGGUCCACAUGCCCUUCGAUUUGGUCAUGACAGGGCACUUCCCUGAUAUUUGGAAUUCCUCACCACUCAGCCUCGUCCAUCAUCUCCACUCAGAAUAG